ACGAUGAAGGAAAACGACCCCCUGUUGGCAACACCGCAAUCCUUCCAGAAGAGUCUGCGAAUAUUCGAUCGUUUUCUUGUUUACAUUCGAAAUCUCCAUCAGUCGGAAAAAAAAGUGAAGUUCGGGAAAGAAAACCGGCGAAAAUGCCUAAAAAGAAAUUUUCCGUCGAGAAAAUCAGACCUAUUCACAUCCCGGAUUCACAAUUCGGCAUCUUGUAUGAUCCUGAAGAACUCAUCAGGAAGAUAAGGCUUUGUGAGCCAGACCCGUCCCACAAUCCAGAGCUACCCCAUGGUUAUAUUCGUCCUUGGAAAGACCCAGACGUCAAGGAUGCCGGCUCAACGGUGUCCAUGGAUGAGGAAAAGUACGAGGCCAUUCUGGACGUGAAGCAGUUCAGCCCAGAAGAAUUAACUGUUUCCAUAGACGGUGUGCAUGUGGUGUCCGUUGAGGGGGAUCAAAAGGAUAAAAAAGACCAUGGCGCCCUCGUAGAUCGUUAUUUCAAGAGAACAUUCUACGUGCCCCCUGUUUUCGACUGCGAAAAAGUCCAGUGCACAUUGUCUUCAGACGGAAUCAUUAUUAUUACCAUACCCAGACUUGAACCGGUGGAAUAUGACGAGAAAAAAGUGAUUCCUAUCGUGCAGACUGGUGAAUCUAUCAGAGAUGAAGUCAUCAAGAGGGUGGAAGCCAUCAAAAAAGAAAAUUUGUAGAUGAACUAAUUAUUGGUUCCUUAUUUAUUGUAAAGUCUACUAUAGAAAAUUAAGCCAUUCCCGUGCUGUGAGAGUUAUAUUUAUUUUUUCUUCAACUUUGAUGUUAAAUAUAUAACUGUUCUUGU